CUUCACUCUCAUCAGUCCGCCGCUUGGGGACCACAGAGCGGCCACUCACUGACAACUUCCUCGCCCCUUUCUUCCUCGUAACCCGGACGCGGCUUUUCAAAAGCCACGGGGAGUCGACCGUUGUUUACCGUUUUGUAUUUUUUUAAAAAAAUCAGCGAGCAGAACCGGGUACAAUGCAGGCACCCGGUACUGCCUCUGGACCCCGGGCACAGGUGGAUUCCCCCCCCAGAAGAGCGAUGGCGAUGCGGCACGGCGGCGUCUGAAGACCCGCCUCUGUCGGCGGAGCACCAGCGUUAGCAGGCUAGCCUUAGCCACCUAGCACUAGCGAGCAGCUAACGGAACCAGCCCAUCAGACUGUGUAGUGUAGACGUCACCUUUGCCUUCCACUCAACGACGAAAUGGCAGCCGGAUAAGCCUUCCUUCUGGAUAUAUCAUUAUUUAUUCCUCACGCCAUGUUCCUCAUCGAGUAUUAACCCGGACGGUCAUGCCUCUCCUUUCCACGCUCACCAGCCUCUCCCCCACCGAGGAACCACUCCGUCUUUUGCUUUCCCAUCCGGCCGUCAGCAGCAUGAGAUAAUAAAGUGCACCAGCUGCCGCACGCCGCCACAUACGCCGCCCUCCUCCUCCUCCCCUGUGCCUCGCUAAGCCCUUGCCCCCAGCAGCCUCGCCAUGACCACGCCGGCGCUCCUGCCGCUGUCGGGCCGCAGGAUACCCACGCUGUCGCCGGGCGCCUCCUCCUUCCCGCACCACCGGGCCACCCUGAGGCUCUCGGAGAAGUUCAUCCUCCUGCUCAUCCUCAGUGCCUUCAUCACGCUGUGCUUCGGCGCCUUCUUCUUCCUGCCCGACAACUCCAAGCACAAGCGCUUCGACCUGGGCCUAGAGGACGUGCUCAUCCCACACGUGGACUCGCCCAAGGAGGGCAAGCACGCCUCGGGACAGGUGGUCAUACACGGGCAGGGAGGACACGACGAGCACAGGCACAGGGAGGACGAGGAGAGCCUCCGGGACAAGAUACGUGCAGACCACGAGCGAGCUCUGCAGGAGGCCAAGGAGAAGCUGCGGAAGUCACGCGAAGAGCUUCAGGCCGAGAUCCAGACGGAGAAGAGCAAGGUGGUGCAGGACCUGAAGAAGAAGAAGGAGGCGGCGCCAAAGCCUCUGCCGCCCGUGCCCAUGCCCAAGGUGGUGGGUGUCAGUGACGGCGAGCCUCUGGAGCCGGACGUCAAAGAGAAACGCGACAAGAUUCGUGAGAUGAUGAAGCACGCGUGGGACAGCUACCGGCAGUACGGCUGGGGCCACAACGAGCUGAAGCCCCUGGCCAAGAAAGGACAUUCCACCAACAUAUUUGGUAAUUCCCAGCUCGGCGCGACCAUCGUGGACGCUCUGGACACCCUGUACAUCAUGGGCCUGCACGAGGAGUUCAAGGACGGACAGGAGUGGAUCGAACAGAACCUGGACUUCGGCGUGAAUGCCGAGGUGUCCGUGUUUGAAGUCAACAUCCGCUUCAUCGGAGGCUUGCUGGCGGCGUUCUACCUGUCGGGGCAGGAGAUGUUCAAACUGAAGGCGGUCCAGCUGGCUGAGAAGCUCCUCCCCGCCUUCAACACCCCCACAGGAAUCCCCUGGGCCAUAGUUAACCUGAAGAGCGGCGUCGGGCGUAAUUGGGGUUGGGCGUCCGCCGGCAGCAGUAUCCUGGCCGAGUUCGGAACGCUGCACAUGGAGUUUGUUCACCUCACCUACCUGACGGGAAACCCCGCCUACUAUCAGAAGGUGAUGCACAUUCGAAAGCUGCUGGCCAAAAUGGACCGUCCCAACGGACUCUACCCCAACUACCUGAACCCUCGCACCGGCCGCUGGGGCCAACAUCACACGUCGGUCGGAGGGCUGGGAGACAGUUUUUACGAGUACCUGCUGAAGGCCUGGCUCAUGUCGGACAAGACGGACACGGAGGCCCGCAAGACGUACGACGACGCCAUCGAGGCCAUCGAGCGGCACCUGAUACGCAAGUCCAAUGGCGGCCUGACGUUCAUCGGCGAGUGGAAGAACGGCCACCUGGAGAGGAAGAUGGGACAUCUGGCGUGCUUCGCCGGCGGCAUGUUCGCUCUGGGCGCAGAUGGCUCGCCCGAUGACAAGGCGGGGCACUGGCUGCAGCUGGGCGCCGAGAUCGCCCACACCUGCCACGAGUCCUACGACAGGACAGUGGUGAAGUUGGGUCCCGAGGCAUUCAAGUUUGACAGCGGCCUGGAGGCAGUGGCGGUGCGUCAGAACGAGAAGUACUACAUCCUGCGGCCGGAGGUGAUCGAGACCUACUGGUACAUGUGGAGGUUCACCCAUGACCCCAAAUACCGCCAGUGGGGGUGGGAAGCGGCACAGGCCAUAGAUAAGUACUGCAGGGUGAGUGGCGGCUUCUCUGGGAUGAAGGACGUCUACUCCUCCAACCCGACCUACGACGACGUGCAGCAGAGCUUCUUCCUGGCUGAGACGCUCAAGUACCUCUACCUGCUCUUCUCCAACGACGACCUGAUGUCUUUCGAAAGCUGGGUCUUCAACACGGAGGCUCACCCGCUUCCCGUCCUGCACCUGGGCAACAUCACCUUGCAGGGCAGCGAGCCGGCCCAGCAGUAAAUGCGCUCCCCUCCCCCAUCCCGCCACACAACACUGGACCAUCAGGUGUGCUGGGACGUGGACCACUGAGGAGCAGAGGACAACCUGGGAACUUCUUGUCCUUUCUUCUUUUCAUUUUCAGCUGACUAUUUGACAUUUGAGCAAACUCUUUGUCUACUGUCUUGUACAUGAGGACCGCACCCCCCAACCUCCAGUCACAUGAUCUGCCACAGACUUGGGGGAGGGGCCUGAGCUGCUGCCAUCAUCCUUUUCUCGAGAGACGUGGAUUAUUCCAAGUGGACCACUUCUCAAAACAAGUCUGCCGUGUGACUCGCUACAUCAUACCUCCCCCCCAAAAAAAGCUUUCUGACGCCAACUUUUAGCUUUGUUCCUGUUAGCUUUGGAUCUUUGCGUACGAUCAUCGCAAUCAUCGGACGUUUAAAGUUCUCGUCUUAUCACGAGCCUUCUGAAAUGAAGUAAAUCUAACGAGACGCAACUUCUUGCUUCACUUCUCGUGUCGCGACAGCUAGCGCUUAAUUUCUGUUGAUAUCAUCAUUGUUUACGUCCCACCAAAGCAUCCUUGUUUUUCCGCUAGUUAGUACACGUUAUCCAGGAGUACUCAGCCAGCAGGUGGAUUUUUUUUUUUUUUUUUUACAACGCAACUUGUCAGAAAAAGACAAAAUGUUGCCGCAAAAGCUGACAAAUCUGCCACAUCGUCAUGUUCACGACUUUCGAAAGAAAAAAAGUGUUUGAAGGAGAUGAAGGAAAACGAGCUACAUGUAAAUAACAUCAUUAGGGGGAAAAAACUACUUUGUGUUUAGCUGAUGAAUUUGGUUUUUGGUACCAGAAAGUCAAAAGAUUGUCCUCAACAAACAUAUUCUACUUUUUAUCGCAAGAAGAAAACAUAAUUAUUCGACUUGGUAUAACGCAAUUAUCCGUGGGAAACCUCCAUUUUUGUAAGUCGAAGAUCGUCAUCAAGGAUAAUAAUCAAGUAGUUUGCAACUUUUUAUCGCAAGAAGAAAGCAUACUUAUUCUUUUUUUUUUCUGUGAUUGGUUGUACGGAACCUUCAUUUAGCUCAUUGAUCAGACAAAAGUCGGAUGAAUACAUUACUUUUUGGCUCCGGAAUUUGUCUGACGCGAAUAUUUGACUUUCGGCCAAAUUACUCUAAACUAUCACACUUCCAAGACGAAGAUUGUCGUCAACAAUAAGUAGUUUUCAACUUUCAUUUUUUUUUUUUCAACCCAAUUGGCUUUGGGAAACUUUCGCCGAGCUAAAUGAUCGGACAAAAUUGUUACUUUUUCACUUAGGAAAUUCGUCCGGUGCAAAUGUUCGACUUUCAGCCGAAUUGAAAUAAAACUAUCAAUCUUCUAAGUCAAAGAGCGUCAUCAACAAAAUUAAUCAAAAAGCUAGCAACUUUUUUUCGCAAAAAGAAAACGUACCUUUCCGAUUUUUUUUUGUAUCCAAUUUUUUGUAACGCGAUUGGCUGUGGUAAACAAUAAUUUAGCUCAUUGAUCGUACAAAAGUUGAAUGAGUACGUUACUUUUUCUUUUGAGAAUUUGUCCGUUGCGAGUAUUUCACUUUCUGCCAAAUUGCACUAAACUAUCACACUUUCAAGUUGAACAUCGUCAUCAACAAUAAUAGUCAAGUAAUUUGCAACUUUUUAUCGUAAGAAGAAAACGUACCUAUACAACUUUUUGUUGUUUUUUUAUGCGAUUGGAUGUGGUAAACCUCCGUUGAGCUAAAUGAUUGGACACAAUCGUUACUUUAUCACUGAAGAAUUAGUUUGGUGCACAUUUUUGACUUUAUGCCAAAUUGCACUAAGCUAUCACACUCCUCAGUCAAAGAUCGUCCUCAACGAUAGUAGUCAAAUAGUUUGCGCCAUAUUUUCCUCCCCCAAAAAAACGUACCUAUUGAAUUUUUUUGUAACGCGAUAGGAUGUAGUAAACCUUCAUUUAGCUAAUUUAUUGGACAAAAGUUGAAGGAGUACGUUACUUUUGAUUGACGGGAAUAUUUGACUGACUGCCAAUUUGCACUAAACUGUCACACUUCUAAGUUAAAGAUCCUCAACAAUAAUAAUCAAGUAGUUAGUAAUUUUUUAACGUUAAAACAAAAUGUUCCUAUGUAACUGUUUUUUCCGCACAAUUGGCAGUAGGAAAUCUUUGUUUAGCUCAUUGAUCGGACGCCAUACGUUACUUUUUCACUGAGAAGUUCAUCCGGGGCAAAUUUUUGACUUUCUACCAUAUUGCACAAAACUAUCACACUUUUAAGUCAAAGGUCUUCAUCAACGAUAAUAAUUAAGUAGUUCGCACCAUUAUUUUUUGAAAAAAGAAAACAUGCAUGUUAAAUUUUUUGUAACGCAAUUGGCUGUGGUAAACCUUAAUUUAGCUCAUUGAUCGGAUAAUGAUCCGUCCAGCGCAAGUAUAUCACUGACUACCAAAGUGUACUAAACUAUCACACUUCUUAGUCGAAGAUCGACAACGACAAUAAUCAACUAGUUUGCAACUUUUUAUCACAAGAAUAGAACAUACCUAUACAACUUUUUUACGUGAUUGGAUGUGGUAAACCUUCAUUUAGCCAAUAGUCGUUGCUACGCUGUUCUACAACACAACGUCAGAGCUACGAAGUAAUGUGAUGAAAAACGGUAACAUAGAUGCUAAACUAACUUCAUGUUGUAUAUCAUUUCAUUGCAAGAAAAAAGUGCCUAUUCAAUUUUUUUUUCUUUUUUACAGAAUUGGCUGUAGAAAACCUUAAUUUAGCUUAUUGAUCGGGCAUAAGUCGGAUGAGUAUGUUACUUUUUCACUUAGGAAUUUGUCCGGGGCAAAUAUUCGACUUUCUACCAAAUUGCACUCAACUAUCACAUUUCUAAGUCGAAGAUCAUCAACGAUAUUAAUCAAGUAGUUUGCAACUUUUUGUCGCAAGAAGAAAACAUAUCUUAAAAAAAAAUUUGGACAAUUGUCAGUAAGAAAACUGCAGUUAACUCUUUGAUUGGACAAAAACGUUGCAUUAUCGCUUAGGAAUUUGUUUGGUGCGAUUUUUUGACUUUCUGCCAAAUUACCACUAAGUCGAAGAUCGUCAUCAACGAUAGUAAUCAAAUAGUUAGCAAAAAAUGUUCUCAAGAAAAAAAAACGUACCUAUUCAAAUUUUUGUAAUGCGAUUGGAUGCGGUAAACCUUUAUUUAGCUGAUUUAUCGGGAAAAAAGUUGAAUAAGUACGUUACUUUUUUGCUUAGGAAUUAGUCCGGCGCGAAUAUUUGACUGACUGCCAAAAUGUACUUAAAUAUCACACGUCUUAUUUGGUAAGCAAGUUUUAUCGUGACGUUACGUCACUACGUCAGAGCUAAGAAGCAACGGGAGAUUGAAAACUUACUUAGCUAACUUCAUGUCGUACGCGGUUGUGUCAUGUGACACUUGUGUAAAUAAUGGCGAUACCUGCUUUUGGCGGGACUGGGAUCAGCUUGCGUGGUUGAUGGCUUCUGUUGUGAAAUGAUCGUUGCUGUUACGAUGUGAGGCAAAGUUAAGUUUACGUGCAGAAUUCAGUGUGAAAGUUGGAAAAAACCUCCGUUGUUUUUUUUCUUUGACGUUUCCUGCGUCCUUCUCUUCCUCCGUCAUCCCCCAGCGAGCCAGGAGCCACAUGGACUGUUUGUAUUUUUACUCGACUACAAAGGAAAGUAUUGUAAAUAUGUUUGAAAAGUCCUACACAAAUUCAAUAAAGACGUUGCUACGAGCGAGGAGGAACGUUCA